CUGCCGCCGGUGGUCCUCUCAGUUCCUGACAACGCCAUUCUCCACUCUAGAAUGACCAAGCAUAGACUUGGACUGCACACUCGCUCGUGCUUCCAUCUUUCAAGGACAAAGAGACCUUUAACUACUUCCCCUUUACCUUCGGAAGCAAUAUCAUGUGUUCACACUUCCCCAGUUAAUCACAAGACCUUGUGUUUUUCACUUGCAGAGAGUUUAAUAGUUCGUGGGUUGUUCGAUUCAGCUCAGAAAGUAAUUCGGAGAAUCAUCAAACAUUCCUCAUCAGUUUCUGAAGCUAUCUCUGCUGUUGAAUUUUCUAUUUCUCGUGGAGUUGAGCCUGAUGCAACUAGCUAUGCUUUUCUCUUUCGGCAACUUGUGACAUCUGGAGAAACCCUGAAGGCUGAGGCUCUCUAUGUAGAUUGCAUUUUGAACAGAGGUAUUGAGACGAACCAUUCUGUAUUGAAUUCCAUGGCGAUUUGUUAUUGUAAUUUAGGUAAAUUGGAGGAAGCUAAGUUGCUUUUUGAUAAACUUGUGGAUAUGAAGUUCAUGCCUUGUAGUAGCACGUGUAAUGAGCUUAUUAAGGGAUUUUGUGGCCAAGAUAGAAUCUUGGAUGGAUUUGAUGUUUUUGUUGAAGCUAUUAAUUCAGAGGUAUUACUGGCUUUCAGUUGUUACAAUAAGUUAGUGGAUGGUUUGUGCUUCCGUGGGUACUUAGAUGAAGCACUCUAUGUGUUUGACGAAAUGUGUGAUAGAGGGGUACCACCCACAGUUCAUUUGUUUAAAACAUUGAUUCUUUCGUUGUCUAAGAGAGGCAGAGUUGAGGAAGCGCAAUUGUUGAGCAUGGAUAUGGAAUCUUAUGGUUUUGUUUUGGAUAAAGUCAUGUACACGACUCUCAUCAACGGUUAUUCCAAGAUCCAGAAAAUGAAAACGGCUAUGAUGUUAUUUCUCAGAAUGCGUAAGUUAGGCUGUGAACCGGAUAAGUAUACUUACAACACGCUGAUCAAUGGGUUUAUAAACUUGGGCAUGUUCGACAAGGGUUGGAUGCUGAAUCAGCAGAUGGUUGAAUUUGGAUUAGAACCUGAUGCGGUAAGUUACCAAAUCAUGAUUGCCAAGUAUUGCAAGGACCAUAAAGUUGAUUGCGCAUUGACGCUAUUGGAUGACAUUAAUCAGUGCAACGUUCCUCCCAGUGUUCACUCUUAUACUGCUUUGAUCUCUGCACUUUAUAAAGAGAAUCGGUUAGCUGAAGUAGAUGACUUAUACAGGAAGAUGUUGUACACUGGAUUGGUUCCUGACCAUGUUCUGUUUUUUACCUUGAUCAGCAAUCAUCCAAGAGGGUCAGAGAUUAGUCUAGCGUGCACAUUUUUGCGGGCUAUUGCCAAGAACGGUUGUGGUAUUGACCUCUCUUACAUCCCUAGCCCUACCAGUCGUAAAGUUACUACAGAUAUCAUGCUUGAUAUUGAUCGUCUCUUGGGAGAAAUUGUGGCAAGAAACUUACCUCUGGCUAGUGUUGCUUUCAAUAUAUAUAUGAUUGCUUUGUGUCUAGGAGGAGAACUUGAUUCUGCUCAGCUUUGCAUGGAUAAGAUGUCAAGCCUUUCUCUUCAGCCUUCACUGUCAGCUUAUAAUUCCAUGAUCAAGUGCCUUUACCAAAAGGGACUACAUGAGGAUGCCAAGUUCCUUGUUGAAGUUAUGCAAGAUCAAGGUCAAGUUCCAAAUCAAGCAACAUUCUUGAUUAUGGUAAAUGAAUACUGUAAACAGGGUGACAUACAAUCAGCAUUAGAAGUUCUGGACCAAAUGGAAGAGAGUGGAUUGAAGCCUACUGUUGCUAUAUAUGACUCUGUCAUUGGGUGUUUGGGUAGAGAAAAGAGAAUAGACGAGGCCCUUGGAGUUUUCCGGAGAAUGCUCGAGGCUGGAAUUUAUCCUGAUAAAAUUUUGUUUGUGACAAUGAUUAAUGCUCUAUCAAGAAAUGGGCGAGCUAUUCAGGCCCAUGAGCUCUUCAUUACAAUGUUGGAAGAUAGAGUUCAACCAAGCCACUAUGCUUAUACUGCUCUUAUAAAUGGGUUAGUUAAGAAAAACAUGAUAGAAAAGGGCUGUGUAUACCUCAAGCAAAUGAUAGAAGAGGGUUUCAUGCCAAAUACUGUUCUUUAUACUUCUCUUAUAAAACAAUUCUUAAGGAAGAGAGAGUUUGAAUUCGCAUUUAAGUUGGUUGAUUUGAUGGAAAGAAGUGAGAUUGAGCGAGACUUGGUAACUUAUAUUACAUUGGUCAGUGGCGUUUCUAGAAAUAUUAGGUCAGUCGAUGGGAAAGGGCUUGUUCCACAGAGACGGUAUGAAGAAUCUAAGGAAAUGUUGUUCCGCCUACUUCAUCAGAGUGCUAUGUUGCCUAAGGAAAAAUGUUUGAAAAUCUCAAUUAGCUCUCAGGAACAAAUAAAAUUUCUUGCACUUCGGCUGAUAAAUAAAGUGAAGGCCACUCCCCUAAUGCCAAAUUUGUACUUAUAUAAUGGCAUAAUUUCUGGGUUUUGCUGGGCAGAGAGUAUGGAAGAUGCAUACAAGCACCUUCAUACGAUGCAAAAUGAAGGCAUCCAACCAAAUCAAGUUACUUUUACCAUUCUAAUUGAUGGGCAUUUCCGAAGUGGUGAAAUUAAUUGUGCUGUUAGUCUUUUCAACAGAAUGAAUGCACAGGGUUGUCCUCCAGAUAACAUCGUCUACAACACUUUAAUUAGAGGUCUAUGCAAGCACGGAAGGCUCAUGGAUGCUCUAUCACUCUCAUACACUAUGCUCAAAAAAGGAUUGGCCCCUUCUAAGGCAUCAUAUGAAAGUCUUCUCAGUUCUCUUUGUGCUAGUAAUUGGAGAGUUCAUGCACUGAAGAUAUGUCACGAUAUGCUUGCCAAUAAAUAUGUCCCUUGUGGCCAUAAUCUUAAAUUGUUGAUUUGUAUACUGGGUGAAGAAAAUAAGUGGCACGAAGCUCGUUUUAUGUAUGAUUUGCUUCUUAAGAAAGAAAAUUUAUGAUGAACACAAGCUUAGAGGCUGGGUAUGAUCUCUCUGAUAUUGUUGGGCUUCCUUCCCUUGUCCGUGUGUAUCAACAGAAUAUGGACUUUUGUAUGGAGCUGCACAUUGUAGCUUGUGUCCACUCAGAAUUCCAUUUGUUAUUUGUUGAAUAUGAUAAGCGGCUCCUAUGUACUGGUCAUGUCUAAUUUGUGAGGUGAUUGUAUGCUAUGCGCAGUUGACAACCUUUAGCAAAGCUCUACGAGUUCAGAGGCAACAGAAAAAGAAGUGUCAAUCUCGGAUGAAAGAGUUGGCAUCCAUUUGUCAGUAAAUAAAGAAUCCUCUGGAUGGUAUGUGCUUUACAAACUCAUUGUUGGAGGCCUCAUAUUUGACAGAAAGCCAGAAGCAGUAUCUAGAGACAAGUGCUGCUUGUGGGAGGCAGAUGUCUAAGAUCACUUGAAUGUUGCUGUGGAAAACAUUGAGGAUGGUUCGCUGACCAUUGAGAAAGAAGAAUUUUUCUUGGGAGUGUAAUAGAAUGCUGUUGUUGGCCAAGGUGAUGUUAUUGCUCACUGAAUGUAUUAUCCGGAAUAUUUCAGAGGAAAUUAAGCCAUUAAUAGUCUAUGGU